AAGUGUUUGCCAAAUAAGCGAAUAUGUGCACGGAACUUCCUGACACGGCAGCAAAGUAAACACACGGCGCUGAUAUAAACGACAAAAAAAGACGUAUAAAUUAACUCUGGAGGAAGCUGUCGUCUUGCUCGAGCUCUAUUUAGUCGUUAUGAUUAUUUCAUUUUCCUGGGCUAUAUAUUUCAUGUUCGUUUCGACAGUAAUGGGUAAAAACUACAGGAUCGAUUGAAUCAGCAGCAGACUGGCAAGUCAAUUAUCUGGAGUGUAAAAGGAAUGACUGCUUUGCUCUCUGACUGAGGUGUCGCUUCAAAGAGGGUAAACGAUGGACUUUUCAAAAUUCCUGGAUGACGACUUUGACGUGAAGGAAUGGGUGAAUGGGGCCUUCAAAAUGGUCCAGAAGGACGCCCCCGGGAAGGUGGACAACCACGCGGCUACGCUUGUCAUGAAACUUCAGCUCUUCAUCCAAGAGGUCAACAAUUCAAUUGAAGAGAGCAGUAACCAGGCCCUUCAGAAUAUGCCAAGGGUGCUGCGUGAUGUAGAAGCUCUGAAACAAGAAGCCUCCUUCUUGAAGGAGCAGAUGAUCCUGGUCAAGGAAGACAUCAAGAAAUUUGAGCAGGACACUGUGCAAUCCAUGCAGGUGUUGGUGGAGAUAGAUCAAGUGAAGUCUCGCAUGCAGCUGGCUGCUGAAGCCCUGCAGGAAGCUGACAAGUGGAGCACGCUCAGUGCAGACAUUGAGGAGACCUUUAAGACCCAGGAUUUUGCAGUCAUCUCCUCCAAACUGACGAGCAUGCAGAGCAGUCUAGCCAUGUUGGUGGACACCCCAGAUUACUCUGAGAAGUGCGUCCACCUGGAGGCCUUGAAGAACAGGCUGGAGGCCUUGGCCAGUCCCCAGAUUGUGGCCACGUUCAGUUCGCAGUCUGUCGAGCAAGCCAAGCUGUUUGUGAAGGUGUUCACUGAGAUUGACAGGAUGCCGCAACUCCUUGCCUACUACUACAAGUGUCAUAAGGGUCAGCUUGUGGGAGCAUGGCAGGAUCUGUGUCAGAGCGAGUUGAGCUUCAACAAGCAGCUGUCAGAGUUCUACGACACGCUGUUAUCUGCCUGGCAUUCCCAGCUACAGUGGAGCAGUCAGGUGUUUAAGAAUCCCUACGAAGUUGUGACUGUGCUGCUGAUCCAGACCCUGGGAGCCAUGGUGCCCUCUAUGCCGGUGUGCCUCAGCACAGCCAUGGACCGCACACCGCAGGAGGACAAGCUUGAGACCUUGCUGGAGCUGUACCAGACAACAGCGAACUUUGGCAGGAGCCUCGAAGCCGCUGUGCUGCCCCACUUAGGAGAAAGUAACCCUCUUAAAGUGAGUGAGCUGGUGACGGCUUUGUUUGACCCGUACAAGCCCUACCAGCUGCAGUAUGGACACCUGGAAGAGUCCAACCUCCUCAUUCAGAUCAGUGCCGUGCCCUUGGAGCGCGGGGAGGUUAUAGACUGCGUGCAAGAGCUGAGUCACUCGGUCAACAAGCUUUUUGGGCUGGCCAGCACUGCUGUGGACAGAUGCGUCAAACUGACGGAUGGCUUGGGGGUUUGUGGCCUGCUAAAGGCCCUAAAAGCACUUUUUACAAAGUACGUGUCCGACUUCUCAGUCACUCUGCAGUCAAUCCGGAAAAAGUGCAAACUGGAGGACGCUCCCAGCGCCGGUAUGUUCCAGGAGGACUGGACAGCCUUUCAGAACUCUGUCAGAAUUAUCACAACUUGUGGAGAGCUGCUGAGACAGUGUGGCGCCUAUGAGCAGCAACUGUCAAACAAGAUCCUGGCCACCGCUGGGAAAUACCUGUCGGAUUCCUACAGCCCUCGCAGCCUGGCUGCCAUACAGGAAGCCAGCUCCACAGACAGGAAGGCCUCAACUAAGAACCCGUGGCAGGAGUACAACUACCUGCUGAAAGGAAACCCGGCCGAGUAUGCCAGCCUCAUGGAGAUGCUGUACAACCUGAAGGAAAAGGGCACAGGCAAUUCCAGCCUGCUGACUGAGCCCCGCGCCGCCCUGACCCGCCUUAACCAGCAGGCCAACCAGCUCGCCUUCGAUUCCGUCUUCCUGCAGAUAAAGCAUCAGCUCUGCCUGGUCACCAGGGUGGAGAGCAGCAGUUCCAGUGCAAUGGGAGAGUCCCUCAUGGAGGACCUGCCCACCUUCAGCUUGUCCCCGAUGGAGUACAUCACCAAUAUUGGCCAGUACAUCAUGUCUCUGCCUCUGAACCUGGAGCCAUUUGUCACUCAAGAGGACCCCGCGCUGGAGUUGGCUCUACACGCAGGGAAGCUGCCCUUUCCCCCUGAACAAGGUGAUGAACUGCCUGAGUUGGACAACACGGCAGACUACUGGCUGGGCUCGAUCGCCAGAGCAACAAUGCAAACGUACUGUGAUGCCAUCCUGCAGAUCCCUGAGCUCAGCCCACACUCCACCAGGCAGUUGGCCACAGAUAUUGACUACCUAAGCAAUGUGAUGGAUGCAUUGGGCUUGCAGCCGUCUCGCACCCUGCAGCAGAUAGUGACCCUCCUAAAGGCAAAGCCUGAGGAGUACAGGCAGACGGCGAAGGCUCUGUCCCGCAGGCUGGCCUCUACCAUUGCUGCCAUGAGGAAUCUGGAGUACUAAAGGGUCCUGAGGAAAUGUGACAUGAGAAGCAUGCAGAAACGAAGCUGCUGUCCAUGAGUUGUCGGAGAGAGCUGAGAAAAUGUGGGCGUGAUCCACCUGAUGGUGUGAAGAAGCUGUUCAAACUCAUGGACUUGGAGGAAAAUUGCAGUUAUUUUGUAACUGAGUUGUUAGUUUAUUGUGUAACUGAGCUCGCUGCCGUACAAGAUUCAAAAGAGUACUGCUGUCGUGGCUUCUAGCAGAAUUUAAUCGAUUGGUAGGAUUACUACAAUCGCCAAAUGGCUGUUAAUCUCUUUUUUUUUUAAGGAGGCGUAUCACCUCAGAAAUAACAAAAUUCACUUUUUACAUUACAUUUAUUUAUUUAGCAGACUGUUUUCUCCAAAGCGACUUCCAAUGAACUGUCUGUAGUGUUAUCAACCCACACACCUGAUUCACCGUGGUGACUUACACUGCGUCACUCAUCCAUACAUUACUAAUACCAAUACACACUAUUGGUGAACCUCAACAGCAUGUCUUUGGAUGGUGGGAGGAAACCCAAACAGACACAGGGAGAACAUGCGAACUCCACACAGACUAAGUGGGGAUCAAACCCACGUCCUCUUGCACCACCCCGGCGCUAGGAGACAGUAACACUACUCACUCUGCCACCUUGUGUUUUUUACUGAAAACUUUUUUUUUGUUGGCCUUUUAAAGAGUGCAUUUUAAAAAAAAAAAAAUCAUAAGUACAUGUUAACACUUCAGUGUAAUGCUGUUUUUUAAAAUUUAUUUUGUAAUAAUGUCGUUGUUUAAGUCACUGUAUGGAACAAGGGUGGCGUCUUAAGUAAAAUUUCCUAAAUGGGGUUAAAAUUUUUUGGUGACUUUUGGGCUGUAAGUUUUAACUUUAUCUU